AUGGGAUGAAUACAUAGAAGGAUUGUCGUACACCUUGAACAUAAGUGAUCCAAAAGCUCUUCCUGCAGAAAUCGGCUUCUCAUUCUCAAAAGCCUUUGAAUUUAGAUACAGAAACGAAGCAACAUCAGCUGAUCUUGAACUGAAGGGUCUGAAAAAUUCUACUGAGCAGUUUGAAAGCUUUGAAGAAAUGAAGAUGGUCUCGUGGUUCAAAAAGUCACCCCUCUCAGAGUAUAUGUCGGAGCACUGGAAGGAUGAUGAUUUUUUUGGUUACCAGUUGCUUAAUGGAGUCAACCCCUAUGUGAUCCAACGUUGCUUAAAGAUGCCCUCCAACUUCCCUGUAACUGAGGAAAUGGUGAAACCUUUUCUGGCCAAUGGAAGCUCUUUGACUGCCGAGAUAACGAAGGGCAAUAUAUUCAUUACUGAUUACAAGAUCAUGGAAGGUCUGCCUACAAGAGUUAUUGACGGUAAACCGGUAGCUGUGACUGCUGCUCUCUACCUGCUGUACCUAAAUCCAGAGAAGAAACUCCGGCCCAUUGCAAUUCAGCUCGGUCAGCAGCCCUCAGAGGAGACCCCGAUUUUUCUGCCGACCGAUCUGGAGACUGACUGGCUGCUGGCCAAGAUAUAUGUGAGGAAUGUAGAUGCCCUCUAUCACCAAUUGAUCAGUCAUUUGCAGAACACUCAUCUACUGGCAGAAGUUUUUACAAUGGCGACACUUCGCAAUCUCCCAAAGAUUCAUCCGUUGAAUAAGCUGCUGAUCCAGUUCUACAACGCAAUAAUCCAGUCGGUUCUGGUUUGGAUGAGCCACCAAACAGGUGGAAACCAGGCAGACGAGGCAGAGCAGGCAGACUGGGGAACCAGGAGGGUGAUCCAAACUGUAGGCACAGGAAGACAAGACAGUUUCCACAGACUGACCAUGACUGAGUACAAGCUAGAGGUCACAACAGGUGACAGGCAAAAUGCAGGAACAUGGGACCACAUAUUCAUCACCUUAUUUGGAACUGAAGGGCAGAGUGAGCGAACUGAGUUGGACAACUUUGGCAUCGACUUUACAACUGGGACAUUUGACUACUACUCCUGGGUGCCAAAUGGCUCAAUCCUGCUGCGCAAACCUCCUCCAACCACUAAGGGGCAGUCAAGCAUGAAAACUAUUUUGGAGACCCUCCCAGAUGUUGACUUGACAGUCCGCAUUGCAGCAAUGGUUUGGCUACUUAAUCAUAAGUACACUGACAUGAUUCUCAUGGGUUCAUACCCCGAAGAACGAUUCCAUGAGCCUGCUCCAAAGCAGAUGAUGAAGGAAUUUCAAGCAGAGUUGUCCGACCUCAGUGAAGCAAUUUCAACAAGAAACUUGCAGCUUGAAAUACCCUACAGAUACCUGAACCCUACUGAGAUCGAGAACAGUGUUGCUAAUUAGCUCAGCCUGAUAAGCCUUUUUUAUCUCUCUGUAUUAGGCAACAAUAUCAAUACCUUUUUAACACCUGUCUUGCAUGCUGGGUUGUUAGCUAAACUCUGGAAGACUAUACUGUAUCAUGUUAAGUCAGCCUAUGAUAGGGUACCUGUAUAUUUGUGUGAAUUAUAUUCUACAUAUACAUAUAUUGAGGAAUAACUUAAAUGAGCAGUUUAGGUAGCAAAUGCUGAUGUUCUCUCGAAAAAUGGUCACAGCAAAUUUCCACACACUUGUUAUUUGGAUAAAUUGACCACAUAUUGGGAAUCUAAAGGGUUAUUUCUAGCAUGUAAACAUAUUAGACCUAAAUAACGUGACAUAUAAUCAGCUUUUCUCUUGGCUCAAAAUUUUGCAAGACUCAUGGUACUCAAUCGUAAUGUACUCUGGGGCACUUCAUUAUUACCUCUUUAAUAUCAAACUAUUACCCCACUAUUGAUAUAUCAUACUAUACUAUAUAUAUGGUAUUACCGAGCUGUAACGUAAAGUGCUACAUGUUUUAGUUUUGUUUGUUAUUGCUCUUCUAUUUUCACCUUUUGCAUAUAACUGACUUAAGGCCAUUACUUCUAAACAAUAUCUUACAGGUGAAUGAGGGGUGCUGGGAAGGGAGGGAUGCAUCGCGCAUUUGUGAUUUGUAUUCAUUACGUGUAUAUUGAUAUGCUAUAACACUGCCCUGUGUAAUUAGUAUUGUCAUCAAGUCUAAACCGUGUAUGUCAAGUGUAUCAGACAUGUUUUUCUACCUGCACGUCUCACGCACUCAUUUUAAUCCAUCC